UGGGAAAAAUGAAAGAAUUGAGAAGAGACGAAGGAAUUGGGUUGGGCCUAAGUUAUUGGGCACUGCUCCAACCACAAGUCCAAGUCCAAGUCUGCAGUACCCAUUUCCAUCUUUACUGGCUUUAUCACUAUCAUUAUCUUUGUACAGGGAAAGACAGAAGCAGAGAAGACACCAUUAUCGUCUUACAUCUUAGAAAGAAAGGCAGAAGGAACACCAGAAAGGCCAAAGUUGUCUCUAGUUCCAGCAAGCAUCUCUAUGUGCAGUUAUUGCAGAAAUGUUUUGAAAUUUGUUGUUAUGUGUCAUUGAGAAUCUGAGAGAAGAAACGCAAUGCUGCUGGCAAAAGCCCCUCCAACUCCAAUACCUAUAAACUUGAGCCUCAAAACUAAAUCCAGACUCCGUGAGCUGAACUGGAAGUCAUCCCACCAUUGCAAUGAGAGGGGGGUCAGAUUGGUUGUUAGAGCUAGGUAUACUCGCACCCCCAUGGAAACUCCUGGAGCUUAUCAGCUUAUCGACAAUGACACUGGUGAAAAGUUCAUUGUUUGGGGAGGAAGCGAUGAUGGUCAUCCUGACUCUCCUAUUCCUUCAAAGGACAUUCUCUCUUGGCAACCCUCCAUCACCACAACCACCACUGUCAUUCCCAAUAAUAUGGAUGAUGCUAGAGAUAGCACAACUUCCAUCAGUAGCAAUUAUGCCAAUGAAGCUAUUACAACCAGUGAUUCUCCAAAAGCAAGCACCAGGGGGUUCAAUGGAAAUUUUGGAAGAUUAAAAGCAAAGAGAGUGAGUGCUCUAGUCAAGAAUACUCAGAUGAAGCGAGAUGUAAGCAAAAAUGAUUACAAACUAUUUGUAGAAGAUAGUUCAUAUGGCAAGUCUAUCAGUUCACACCCUAAACUUAAAGAUAUUGGGAGAAAACAGAAAGAAAAUUCCUUUCGACAUAAAGAAAGAGUUCCAAGAGCUUCCCAAUCACAAGAAGUCAGUGACAUUGUACAAAUAACAGGUACAGCAGAAGAUUUUGAUCAUUCUGACAUGAUCCCGAAACAUGAUUUUGAACAAAGCUUAGAGCAUCCGACCACACCAGGUAAACCUUACAAAUCUGACACUAAAACUCAGAUAUCAGGGAUUUCAGUUCCAAGCUCUGCCAGCAACUUUAGAGGUUGGGGCAGGGGAGGAUCCACACGCAACUUCAAAUCUGAAGUGCCUGACCUUCUAAAGCAAAGGUGGAACUUAUCCACUGACAGUGGCUUCUUUAGUAAAAAAUCCUUUAGAGACUUGGGCUGCAGUGAAUUUAUGAUUGAAUCUCUAAGGGGGUUGCGUUUCUUGCGCCCUUCCCAUAUACAGGCCAUGGCAUUUUCACCUAUUAUUGAGGGAAGGAGCUGUAUUAUAGCUGAUCAAAGUGGUUCAGGGAAGACAUUGGCAUAUCUUGCACCAAUAAUUCAGCGUCUAAGGCAAGAAGAACUUCAAGAGCUUAGCAAAUCCUCAUCAAAAAGUCCUCGAGUUCUCAUCAUGGUACCAACUGCUGAGUUGGCUUCUCAGGUUUUGAGUAAUUGCAGAUCAAUAUCAAAGUCUGGGGUCCCAUUUAAAUCUGUGGUUGCGACAGGUGGUUUUCGACAGAGAACUCAACUGGAAUAUUUACAACAAGGUGUUGAUGUUCUAAUAGCAACACCUGGUCGUUUUAUGUUUCUGAUUAAAGAGGGCUUCUUGCAGUUAACAAAUCUAAGAUGUGCUGUGUUGGAUGAGGUCGAUAUACUUUUCAAUGAUGAGGAUUUUGAAGUAGCACAGAAAACUUUGAUAAAUUCUUCACCUGUUACCACACAGUAUCUAUUUGUGACUGCGACUUUGCCAAGAGACAUAUACAACGAACUAGUUGAAAUUUUUCCUGAUUGUGAAUUGAUCAUGGGACCUGGUAUGCACCGUAUGAGCCCUGGCCUUGAAGAGGUUCUUGUAGACUGCAGCGGAGAAGAUGGGAUUGAAAAAACUCCUGAAACUUCUUUUUUGAACAAGAAAUCUGCUCUUCUGCAGCUGCUGGAGGGAAGUCCAGUUUCAAAAACGAUUGUUUUCUGUAACAAGAUUGACACAUGUAGAAAAGUUGAGAAUGUAUUAAAACGUUUCGAUAGAAGAGGAACUCGUGCCCAAGUUCUACCCUUUCAUGCUGCUGUUGCACAAGAAUCAAGGCUUGCAAAUAUCAAGGAAUUCACCAGUUCUCAGUCUGACGAAGUCUCUCAGUUUUUGAUUUGCACUGACAGAGCAUCACGUGGAAUUGACUUUGCUGGGGUGGAUCAUGUUGUGCUAUUUGACUUCCCACGUGAUCCAAGUGAAUAUGUGCGCCGCGUUGGAAGAACCGCUAGAGGCGCUGGAGGGAAGGGUAAGGCAUUCAUUUUUGUGGUUGGCAAGCAAAUUUCCCUCGCACGAAAGAUAAUGGAAAGAAACCAAAAGGGUCACCCACUGCAUGAUCUUCCAUGUUAGCUGCUAAGUUAGAAGGUUGCUUGGAUAACAAAAACUGAUGCAAUCACUGACUACUGCUGUUGAAAUAGCUGAUGACUUAAAUGAUCUGACCAGAAAAGAGGAAAAACUCAUGUAGUUGUUGGUUAUAGUUAUCAGAUAAUGAUGUGGAUCACAGAAUGCAUUAAAAUCUUCACAUUUUUUUCAUUUGUUCUCUCA